GCAGGUUGGGCCCGUGCUUCGCAGCCCCCCGAGAGUACAGUCAGUGGCCGCGCACCCCGGGCCCAGCAUGGGAUACAAGCCCGGCGGGCUGGCCUCAUAGACACAGCUCAGUGACGAGGAUUAACCCAGGUGCAUGAGACCGGCCUGGCGCUGGCACUCUCUACGCCCCCGGGUUACCAGGGGUAAUACCAAGUUACCGACUUUCCGACUUCUCUGGGAAAGCUCAGAAUCCGCGCUGGACGACCAGAUCACUCGGAAUAAGACAUGGCCGCCUCUGUGCAGAUUUCCUGGUGUUGGGAUGCGUUUUGGGAAAAAUAAAGGCUCUUGUCUCGCGUUAAAACGGCGGUGCAAUGAUCUAAGGCACUGGAUGCGUGGUAGUCGUGCCCUGUGCCGUCCCUCAGCAUGGCAGGCCUGCAGCUCAUGACCCCGGCCUCCUCUCCUAUGGGUCCUUUCUUUGGGCUCCCUUGGCAGCAGGAAGCCAUUCAUGACAACAUUUACACCCCAAGGAAAUACCAGGUGGAACUGCUUGAAGCGGCUUUGGAUCACAAUACUAUUGUUUGUUUGAACUCUGGCUCAGGGAAGACUUUUAUUGCAGUUCUGCUUACAAAAGAGCUGUCCUACCAGAUCCGUGGGACCUUUAAUAAGGAAGCCAAGAGGACAGUGUUCUUGGUCAACUCUGAGAAACAAGUGUCUCAGCAGGUCUCGGCUCUCCGAACUCAUUCUGACCUUAAGGUAGGAGAAUAUCCCCGUCGAGAACUAACACAAUGCUGGCCAAAGGAGAAGUGGAGCCAGGAGUUUGUCACUCACCAGAUCUUGGUGAUGACCUGUCACAUCUUCCUGGACGUUCUGCAGCGCGGCCUCCUGUCAUUGUCCGACAUUAACUUGUUGGUGUUCGACGAAUGUCACCUUACGAUUCAAGAUCACCCGUAUCGGGAGAUUAUGAAGAUCUGUGAAAGUUGCCAGGCGUGUCCUCGGAUCUUGGGCCUGACCGCGUCAAUACUGAAUGGGAAAUGUGACCCCCGUGACCUCGAGGAUAAGAUCCAGAAACUGGAGGAAAUAUUAAAGAGUAACGCAGAAACGGCAACCGAUCUGGUGGUUUUAGACAGGUAUGCGUCUCAACCUUGUGAGAUUGUGUUAGAUUGCGGAACAUACCUCGACAAAAGCGGGCUUCAUCGGAGGCUUUUAGGUGAAUUGGAGGAGGCUCUUCACUUCUUGGAUGACUGCAACAUCCCCACGCAUUCAAAAGAGAGAGAUUCAACGUCCAUCUCGAAACAGAUCUUGUCUGACUGUCUCACUGUGUUGGUGGUCCUGGGGCCAUGGUGUGCCGACAAGGUGGCAGGAAUGAUGGUGAGGGAGCUGCAGAAGUUCAUCAAACACGAGCAGGAGGAGCUGCACCGGAAAUUCCUACUGUUUACAGACACUACCUUACGGAAAAUCCACGCUCUUUGCGAGGAGCACUUCUCACCCGCCUCGCUCGACCUAAAGUUCGUCACCCCCAAAGUCCUAAAGCUUCUGGAGAUCCUGCGCAAGUACAAGCCGUACGAAAGGCAGCAGUUUGAGAGCGUCGAGUGGUACAACAACAGGAAUCAGGAUAACUACGUGUCUUGGAGUGAUUCGGAGGACGAAGACGACGAAGAUGAAGAAAUCGAGGAGAAAGAGAAACCCGAAACCAGCUUUCCUUCUCCCUUUACCAAUAUCCUGUGUGGCAUCAUCUUUGUUGAAAGAAGAUACACCGCGGUAGUUCUAAACAGACUGAUUAAAGAAGCUGGAAAGCAGGACCCCGAGCUGGCUUACAUUAGCAGCAACUUUAUAACCGGUCAUGGAAUUGGGAAGAACCAGCCUCGGAAUAAGCAGAUGGAGGUGGAGUUCAGGAAGCAGGAGGAGGUCCUGAGAAAAUUCCGCGCUCAUGAAACAAACUUGCUGAUCGCGACCAGCAUCGUCGAAGAGGGUGUGGAUAUCCCAAAGUGCAACCUGGUGGUUCGGUUUGACUUGCCCUCUGAGUACAGAUCCUACGUCCAGUCCAAAGGCAGAGCCCGAGCGCCUAUCUCAAACUACGUUAUGUUGGCCAACACCGAUAAAAUGAGAAGUUUCGAAGAAGAUCUCAAAACGUACAAAGCGAUUGAGAAGAUCUUGCGAAACAAAUGCUCGAAAUCCAAGGACUGUGGAGAUGCGGAAUCUGAGCCUAUCGUGGACGACGACGAGAUCUUUCCUCCGUAUGUUUUGAGGAAAGAUGAUGGUAGCCCAAGAGUUACUAUUAACACGGCUAUUGGCCACAUUAACCGGUAUUGUGCCCGGUUACCCAGUGACCCAUUCACUCAUCUCGCUCCAAAGUGCAAGACGCGGGAACUGCCCGGUGGACUUUAUAGCUCGACCCUCUACCUGCCCAUCAACUCUCCCCUUCGAGCUCCCGUUGUUGGUCCUUCUAUGAACUGUGCCAGACUGGCGGAGCGAGCAGUGGCUCUCGUAUGCUGCCAGAAGCUGCACCAGAUUGGUGAAUUGGACGAUCAUUUAAUGCCAGUUGGCAAGGAGACUGUUAAGUACGAGGAGGAACUUGACUUGCAUGACGAGGAAGAGACUAAUGUUCCUGGGAGACCAGGCUCCACUAAACGAAGGCAGUGCUACCCAAAAGCGAUCCCGGAAUGUUUACAGAAUAGCUAUCCUAAACCCGGUCAGCCGUGUUACCUGUAUGUAAUUGGGAUGGUGUUAACCACACCUCUGCCGGAUGAGCUGAAUUUUAGGAGGAGGAAAUUGUACCCACCCGAAGACACAACGAGGUGCUUUGGAAUACUGACUGCCAAACCCAUACCUCAGAUUCCUCACUUUCCGGUCUACACGCGAUCCGGGGAGGUGACCAUAUCGAUCGAGUUGAAAAGGUCUGGCUUCACUUUGACUUUACAACAGCUCGAGCUGAUCACCAGGCUUCACCAGUAUAUUUUUUCACAUAUUCUUCGUCUUGAGAAACCUGCACUAGAAUUCAAGCCCACGGCGGCCGAUUCUGCUUACUGCGUUCUACCUCUCAACAUUGUAAAUGACUCUGGCUCUUUGGACAUUGACUUUAAGUUUGUAGAAGAUAUCGAGAAAUCCGAAGCACGUACUGGCAUUCCCAACACGCAGUAUACGUCAGAAAACCCUUUUAUUUUCAAACUAGAAGACUACCAAGAUGCAGUUAUCAUUCCAAGAUACCGUAACUUCGAUCAGCCCCACAGGUUUUACGUAGCAGACGUAUACACUGAUCUUACUCCGCUUAGCAAAUUCCCUUCCCCAGAAUAUGAAACGUUUGCCGAAUAUUAUAAAACAAAAUAUAACCUCGACUUGACCAACCUCAAUCAACCUCUUCUGGAUGUGGACCACACAUCGUCAAGACUUAACCUGCUGACUCCGCGGCAUCUGAAUCAGAAGGGGAAAGCUCUUCCUUUGAGCAGUGCCGAGAAGCGCAAAGCCAAGUGGGAAAGCCUGCAGAACAAACAGAUCCUGGUCCCGGAGCUCUGCGCGAUACAUCCCAUCCCAGCUUCGCUAUGGAGGAAAGCAGUGUGCCUGCCGAGCAUUCUGUACCGCCUGCAUUGCCUGCUGAUUGCCGAAGAGCUGAGAGCACAGACUGCGAUAGAUGCGGGUGUUGGGGUGAAAGCUCUACCCGAAGAUUUUAGAUAUCCAAACUUAGAUUUUGGGUGGAAAAGAUCCAUUGACAGCAAAUCUUUCACCUCUAGUCAAAGCGUCCCAUCUGUCGAAAACAAAAGUGAGUGUAAAGUUUAUACACCUGCUGCUAAACCUGAGACCUCCCCCGAACCCAACGACCAAAUAUCUGUGAAGUGCGCACUGUCCUGUAACAAAGCCCCCAGUCACCUCCACGACGACCAUAUCUCAGACUGUCCCGGGGCGCUCAAAGCUGUUUCUUGCAACGGUCUUAGCAACGGGGAUUGCGAUGCAGAAAGCCGUGAAGUCUGCCCGGGGAAUCGACUGAAUCGUUGCACACAGGAAAUACCAGCGCAGUCAUCUACCUCACUUCCUGUUCAAGAAAUACCCAAUAAGAACCAACCCCGACCCGACGAUGAAUGUAUUGGGAGUGACGGAAAAGCCACCAAACCUACCUCAGACGAGUGUCCCCACAGCACGUGUCCUUCAGACGUUGCUUGCGUCGGAGCAGAAGGAGGCCCUUCUGCUAACGGGCCUGCCGGUGGGUACUCUCCAAAAACCCUCGGCCCGAACCCCGGUCUUAUCCUACAAGCCUUGACUUUGUCUAACGCCAGCGACGGAUUCAACCUGGAGCGCCUCGAGAUGCUCGGAGAUUCCUUCCUGAAACACGCCAUCACCACGUACCUGUUCUGUACGUAUCCUGAUGCUCACGAGGGGCGUCUGUCCUACAUGAGAAGCAAGAAGGUUAGUAACUGUAACCUUUAUCGGCUCGGAAAGAAGAAGGGCUCGCCAAGCCGUAUGGUCGUGUCAAUAUUCGAUCCGCCGGUGAACUGGCUCCCCCCUGGAUAUGUUGUGAACCAGGAUAAAAGCACCUCGGAUAAAUGGGAAACUAAUGAAACUAGCGGUGAAAGUGUCACAGCCAAUGGCAAAAUGUACGAAGACUUUGACGACGAAGAGGAUGAAGACCUAAUGUGGAGGAACCCCAAGGAGGAAACCGACUUUGACGACGACUUCCUCGAGUAUGACCAGGAACAUAUAAAGUUCAUAGACAGUAUGUUAAUGGGGUCCGGCGCGUUUGGAAAGAAGAUUCCUUUGUCUCGGUUUUCUCCACCCGAUCCCAAUUACGAGUGGAGAAUGCCAAAGAAAUGCUCGGCAGAAAACGCUCAGUUUGCCUCAGACUUUGACGACUUUGAUUACAGUUCCUGGGAUGCCAUGUGCUACCUGGAUCCCAGCAAGGCCGCGGAGGAGGAUGACUUUGUGGUGGGAUUUUGGAAUCCAUCAGAAGAAAACUGCGGUGUUGAUGCCGGCAAGCAGUCCAUUUCUUAUGACUUGCACACUGAACAAUGCAUUGCGGACAAAAGCAUUGCCGACUGCGUGGAAGCGUUACUGGGCUGCUAUCUGACGAGCUGCGGCGAGAGAGCCGCUCAGAUGUUCCUCUGCUCCCUGGGCCUGAAAGUUCUCCCGGAAGCAAAGAAGUCUAAAGGCGCAAAGUCAAUCGGCGGCAAUAACGCCGGAACGGAACCGUCGCCCUGUAAAGGGGUCGAAUACGAUUAUUUGAAGAUUCCUCCGAAAUGCAUGUUCGAUCACCCAGAUGCAGAGAAAACCCUCGAGCACCUUAUCUCCGGCUUUGAAAACUUUGAGAAGAAAAUUAACUAUCGAUUUAAAAACAAGGCCUACCUUCUGCAGGCUUUCACCCAUGCAUCCUACCAUUACAAUACCAUAACUGAUUGCUACCAGCGUUUGGAAUUCCUUGGAGACGCAAUUUUGGACUACCUCAUCACUAAGCACCUUUACGAAGACCCGCGCCAGCACUCUCCUGGGGUUCUUACCGACCUGCGCUCUGCUUUGGUCAACAAUACCAUAUUCGCGUCGUUGGCCGUGAAAUACGACUACCACAAGUACUUCAAGGCGGUCUCUCCAGAGCUGUUCCAUAUCAUCGAUGAUUUUGUGCAAUUCCAACUAGAGAAGAAUGAGAUGCAGGGAAUGGACUCUGAGUUGAGAAGAUCUGAAGAAGACGAAGAGAAGGAGGAAGACAUAGAAGUCCCCAAGGCUAUGGGAGACAUAUUUGAGUCACUUGCUGGGGCUAUUUAUAUAGACAGCGGCAUGUCGCUUAACACCGUGUGGCAGGUGUACUACCCAAUGAUGAGAUCGCUGAUAGAAAAAUUCUCUGCUAAUGUUCCCCGUUCUCCGGUACGAGAACUAUUGGAAAUGGAGCCGGAAACUGCUAAAUUCAGUCCGGCUGAGAGAACGUACGAUGGGAAGGUUCGAGUGACUGUGGAGGUUGUGGGGAAAGGGAAGUUUAAAGGUGUCGGCAGGAGUUACCGAAUAGCCAAGUCUGCCGCCGCGAGAAGAGCGCUCCGGACCCUCAAAGCAAAUCACCCUCAGGUCCCAAACAGCUGAGAAUCGCCGCUCUGGCCAGAACGGCCUGCGGCGAAAGGCAGAGCUCUAGAACCUUCAACGACACAGAGGUUAAAAGUAUACCCUAUGACGUCUUUAAAGCAUAAUUGUGUUGAGAGGAACAAAUUAAAGACAGAGAGAUGAUUUUUCAGUGUGGAACCGAUAACCGAAAGCAUAUGCAUUUGGGAAAGCAGUCGUAUCCUAACCCUCCCCUGUGCUCUGCAUUGCGCCAUGGAAGAGACUUCAGCGUUUUGUGCAAGCACAGUCCUUUCCUCACGUCUGCUUUCCUUUAAUCACGAGAAUGGUUUAUCUGUGAUAUUUAGCAAAUCCUGCGAGAAGCGUCUGUCGUAUUCUUUGCCUUUUAUUCUCUUUAUUUUUAUUUUUUGCUGUAGGGCUUAGCAAUGUGGGGUGGGGAAUUAAGUGUAUAUGUGCUAGAAUGAAGAUCUGUACACCGUCACAAAUGCAGACUAUACAUCUUCAUCAGCACACUUUUUUUUUGGGGGGGGGGUGAAUGCAUAAUUGGAUCGUUCAGUCAUCAGGUGAAGUAGAGGGGAUGAAUUUUUACUAGUUUUGCCCUGACUGAAUGUCACGCAAAAAAAA